AUGAAGGUGAUUUUUUAUUUGUGUCUUUCAGGUCUAACUGAGGGUGCUGGUGUGUUGCCAGAUGGUCCUCUGAAUGCAGCUGUUAACGGGACGUUCCUGUUCUCUACAUCACUGACUCCAACAGAAACACCAUUUGUGUCUGUGAGCUGGUCUUUUGGUGUAAAUACUACUAUAAUAACCUCACAUGCUGGAAACACAACUCCACCAGAGUAUGAAGGCAGGAUAACCCUAUUCCCAUCUACUGGAUCUCUGGAGCUCAGGAACCUGACUGAUGCUGACAGUGGAGAGUACAACAUUACCAUUACAGCAGCUGUUGGAGACGCUUUAUCAGGACGCACCACACUGGACAUAUAUGAGCCAGUCUCCAAUGUAUCAGUGUUUCCCAAAAGUGCAGACGUGGUUGAAUUCACUUCUGUUAAUCUGUCCUGCACCUCCACUGGAUCCUCCAUUUCUUUCCUCUGGCUGAACGACACCUCUGAGGUUACAGCCAGUGACAGAGUUCAUCUCACUGAUGGAGGCUCCACUUUGACAAUAGUCAACGUGACUCGCUAUGACCAGCAACCAUUCAGGUGUCGUGUGUUCAAUCCUGUCAGUAAUGGCACCAGUGAUCCUGUAAACAUCAUGGUCAGCUUUGGCCCCGAAAAUACAAACUUACUGCUAUCACCAUCAGAAGAAUACUUUGCAGAAGGGUCAGACGUCAGAUUGUUCUGCUCAGCUGAUUCUAGACCUCCUGCCCAGUUUCUGUGGUUUCUAAAUGGAGAAAUUCUGCUUCACACAGAACCAGAGCUCAACCUGACAAACAUUCAGAUGAACAAUGCUGGAAACUACAGCUGUCAGACCUUCAAUAAUAAAACCAUGAGAAAUGAAACAUCUGAGCCUAGAGCUAUAUCUGUACUGGUCUCCAAUGUAUCAGUAUUUCCCAAAAGUGCAGACGUGGUUGAAUUCACUUCUGUUAGUCUGUCCUGCUCCUCCUUUGGAUCCUCCAUUUCUUUCCUCUGGCUGAACGACACCUCUGAGGUUACAGCCAGUGACAGAGUUCAUCUCACUGAUGGAGGCUCCACUUUGACAAUAGUCAACGUGACUCGCUAUGACCAGCAACCAUUCAGGUGUCAUGUGUUCAAUCCUGUCAGUAAUGGCACCAGUGAUCCUGUAAACAUCAUGGUCAGCUUUGGCCCCGAAAAUACAAACUUACUGCUAUCACCAUCAGAAGAAUACUUUGCAGAAGGGUCAGACGUCAGAUUGUUCUGCUCAGCUGAUUCUAGACCUCCUGCCCAGUUUCUGUGGUUUCUAAAUGGAGAAAUUCUGCUUCACACAGAACCAGAGCUCAACCUGACAAACAUUCAGAUGAACAAUGCUGGAAACUACAGCUGUCAGACCUUCAAUAAUAAAACCAUGAGAAAUGAAACAUCUGAGCCUAGAGCUAUAUCUGUACUGGUCUCCAAUGUAUCAGUAUUUCCCAAAAGUGCAGACGUGGUUGAAUUCACUUCUGUUAGUCUGUCCUGCUCCUCCACUGGAUCCUCCAUUUCUUUCCUCUGGCUGAACGACACCUCUGAGGUUACAGCCAGUGACAGAGUUCAUCUCACUGAUGGAGGCUCCACUUUGACAAUAGUCAACGUGACUCGCUAUGACCAGCAACCAUUCAGGUGUCGUGUGUUCAAUCCUGUCAGUAAUGGCACCAGUGAUCCUGUAAACAUCAUGGUCAGCUUUGGCCCCGAAAAUACAAACUUACUGCUAUCACCAUCAGAAGAAUACUUUGCAGAAGGGUCAGACGUCAGAUUGUUCUGCUCAGCUGAUUCUAGACCUCCUGCCCAGUUUCUGUGGUUUCUAAAUGGAGAAAUUCUGCUUCACACAGAACCAGAGCUCAACCUGACAAACAUUCAGAUGAACAAUGCUGGAAACUACAGCUGUCAGACCUUCAAUAAUAAAACCAUGAGAAAUGAAACAUCUGAGCCUAGAGCUAUAUCUGUACUGGUCUCCAAUGUAUCAGUAUUUCCCAAAAGUGCAGACGUGGUUGAAUUCACUUCUGUUAGUCUGUCCUGCUCCUCCUUUGGAUCCUCCAUUUCUUUCCUCUGGCUGAACGACACCUCUGAGGUUACAGCCAGUGACAGAGUUCAUCUCACUGAUGGAGGCUCCACUUUGACAAUAGUCAAUGUGACUCGCUAUGACCAGCAACCAUUCAGGUGUCGUGUGUUCAAUCCUGUCAGUAAUGGCACCAGUGAUCCUGUAAACAUCAUGGUCAGCUUUGGUCCAGAAAAUACAAACUUACUGCUAUCACCACCAGAAGAAUACUUUGCAGAAGGGUCAAACGUCAGAUUGAUCUGCUCAACUGAGUCUGGACCUCCUGCCCAGUUUCUGUGGUUUCUAAAUGGAGAAAGUCUGCUUCACACAGAACCAGAGCUCAUCCUGACAAACAUUCAGAUGAACAAUGCUGGAAACUACAGCUGUCAGACUUUCAAUAAUAAAACCAUGAGAAAUGAAACAUCUGAGCCUAGAGCUAUAUCUGUACUGGAACAAUCAUCAGGUUGCUCUGCUGGCUGCAUCGCUGGAAUAGUAAUUGCAUGUUGUGUCCUCAUUGCUGGAGCUGUUGGUGUAGGGUUCUACGUAUAUCGAAAAAAAAAACCUCCAAAAACAUCCUCUAGAAGAAACACUUCCACAGGAGACAAAGGCAAAGACAACACAGGAUACUCAAGUGAGGAGGUGAACUAUGCAGACGUCCGUUUUUUGAGGAACAAAAAUGGUGGGGAAGUCCAGCUGGGGUUACAGAACACCUCCUCAGAUUAUGCUCAAGUCCGAGUGAACAGCGGUCCUCCUGCAGCAGCUUCUCCUCCUAACUAUGACGCCCACAUGCAGCGAGUGAAGACACAAGCUCCUCAGGCUGGUACUAAUGGUGUACAAAGUGAAGCUUAGAUCUGUUAAAACUGAUUGAAUUUGACAUAAAGAAACGUGCACUUCCCCCCUCA